GCCGCGCCGCGGGCUGGUGGGCUCCCCGGCGGCUCUGUUGCUGGGAAAUGACCCUGCCCGGGGGCCCGACGGGCAUGGCGCGACCGGGAGGCGCGGGGCCCUGCAGCCCCGGGCUGGAGCGGGCCCCGCGCCGGAGUGUCGGGGAACUGCGCCUGCUUUUCGAGGCGCGCUGCGCCGCGGUCGCUGCCGCCGCCGCCGCAGGGGAGCCCCGGGCCCGCGGGGCCAAGCGGCGGGGGGGACAGAUCCCCAACGGGCUUCCGCGGGCUCCCCCUGCCCCGGUGAUCCCGCAGCUGACUGUGACGGCCGAGGAGCCGGACGUGCCCCCGACCAGCCCCGGGCCGCCCAAGCCGGAGGGUGGCUGGCUCCCGGCCGUGGGCUCGUCGCACCUGCAGCAGCCGCGCCGCCUCUCCACCUCGUCGCUCUCCUCCACUGGCUCCUCGUCGCUGCCCGAGGACUCGGAGGACGAUCUUCUGAGCGACAGCGAGAGCCGGAGCCGCGGCAACGUGCAGCUGGAAACGAGCGAGGACGUGGGUCAGAAAAGCCACUGGCAGAAGAUCCGGACCAUGGUGAAUCUGCCCGUCAUGAGCCCUUUCAAGAAGCGCUACUCCUGGGUGCAGCUGGCGGGGCACACGGGGAGUUUCAAGGCGGCGGGCACCAGCGGGCUGAUUCUGAAGCGUAGCUCAGAGCCCGAGCGCUACUGCCUGGCACGGCUCAUGGCGGACGCGCUGCGCGGCUGCGUGCCCGCCUUCCACGGUGUGGUGGAGCGCGAUGGCGAGAGCUACCUGCAGUUGCAGGACCUGCUCGACGGCUUCGAUGGGCCCUGCGUACUUGACUGCAAGAUGGGCGUCAGGACUUACCUGGAAGAGGAGCUGACCAAAGCCCGCGAGCGGCCCAAGCUGCGGAAGGACAUGUACAAGAAGAUGCUGGCCGUAGACCCUGCGGCACCCACCGAGGAGGAGCACGCGCAGCGCGCGGUCACUAAGCCGCGCUACAUGCAGUGGCGAGAAGGCAUCAGCUCCAGUACCACGCUCGGCUUCCGCAUCGAGGGCAUUAAGAAAGCCGACGGCUCCUGCAGCACAGACUUCAAGACCACGCGAAGCCGGGAGCAGGUGAUUCGCGUCUUCCAGGAGUUUGUGCAAGGGGAUGCCGAAGUGCUGAGGAGGUAUCUGAACCGUCUGCAGCAGAUCCGGGACACACUGGAGGUCUCUGAGUUCUUUAGGAAGCACGAGGUGAUCGGCAGCUCGCUCCUCUUCGUGCAUGAUCACUGCCACCGCGCCGGCGUAUGGCUCAUCGACUUCGGCAAGACCACGCCCCUCCCCGACGGCCAGACCCUGGACCACCGGCGGCCCUGGGAGGAGGGCAACCGAGAGGACGGCUACUUGCUGGGGCUGGACAAUCUCAUUGGCAUCCUUGCCAGCCUGGCUGAGAGAUGAGGCUGGGCCCCUGUCUCCGCGGACCGGAGGGUCUGACAGAAGGACCUGCGCCUGCAUCCCCGCCAUGCAUGCAGGCAGAGACUGAAACCCCGCGGUGCGGGGCGGUUCAUACGGUCCUAUAGGGCCAGGUGCCGACCACUACGGGACACACUGCACGCGCAGGGCCUGGCCCCCAUAAAAGCCCCAGUGUUCCCAGAGCCGAUGACACUAAUUGACCGGGCGAGGGAGGAGUAGAAGUGGGAUGAGUGGCUUCUUCUUCAGCCCAGCUCUUCUGAGGGGGCUCCAUACCUCUCCAGAGAAGCCAGAUAAUGAACUUUAUUUCACAGGUACUAGAUCUAUUGGUCUGACCUCCCACACUACAAUGGACUCCCU